GACGCAGUGUUCUGUUCUUCUUCUUUUAACUUGUUUUGUUUAACCUUUUUCCUUCCAAGCAUCUUCUUUCUCUCUGACCUCAACUUUUUCCUUCAAAGUUCUAAUAUUAAUAAACCUCCUACUUGUCUUUGCUUCAGUCAAAGAAUCAAUCCACUGGAUUUUAUUUAGAGGAUGAGUGCUUCAAAGUUCAUUAAAUGUGUUACAGUUGGAGAUGGAGCUGUUGGAAAAACUUGUAUGCUUAUUUGUUACACCAGCAACAAGUUCCCAACUGACUAUAUACCCACAGUAUUUGAUAAUUUCAGUGCUAAUGUGGCUGUGGAUGGGAACAUUGUCAAUUUGGGCCUAUGGGAUACUGCAGGUCAGGAGGAUUAUAGCAGAUUGAGGCCACUGAGCUACAGAGGUGCAGAUAUAUUUGUUUUGGCUUUCUCAUUAAUUAGCAGGGCAAGUUAUGAAAAUGUUCUUAAAAAGUGGAUGCCUGAACUUCGUCGGUUUGCACCAAAUGUUCCAAUUGUUCUUGUUGGUACAAAAUUAGAUCUUCGCGAAGACAGGGGAUAUCUUGCUGAUCAUAUGAAUUCUAAUGUCAUAACAUCUGCACAAGGAGAGGAGCUGAGGAAACAGAUUGGUGCUGCAGCAUAUAUUGAGUGUAGCUCUAAGACUCAGCAGAACGUCAAAGCUGUUUUUGAUACUGCAAUCAAGGUUGUUCUUAAACCUCCAAGGAGGAAGGAGAUGGCAAGAAAGAAAAGGCGCCGCAGCUCUGGUCGUGCUAUUGUGAGCAUAAUGUGUGGAGGUUGUGUUGCUUAGGACACAGUGACAGCAUAUAAGCAUAACCUAAUCAGCUACUUUUGACUCUGUGAAACAGUUGUUUUGCAAAUGACCUUGGGUGUUGAUUUGUCCAAGCGUCGACUCCUGACAGCCCGUUGCGUGUUUAAGUUUGUGUUUAUUUGUAGUGUAGCCUGAGUAUGCACUAUGAGAAAGUAACUGUCAUCUUACAAACUGACCAGAAGAAGUUCAGAGGGAAUUGUUCAUUCUCUCAUCUCCUGUACUUGUUCGUAAAGUAAAUCAAGUUCCAUUGUUGUAUUUGGUGAAGUGUAAUAACUUGUAUGCUGCUUGUUUCUAAUACAAUAUUAUGAAAUACUCGGCUA